AUGGCGGCGGCUAAGAACAAGUACUCGGUCAUUCUUCCCACCUACAAUGAGCGGAGGAACCUCCCUAUCAUUAUCUGGUUGAUCCAGAGGACCUUCAAUGAGGAGAAGCUGGAUUGGGAGGUUAUUAUCGUCGACGACGGAUCCCCUGACGGCACCCUCGAGAUCGCGAAGCAGCUCCAGAAACUCUAUGGCCCGGAACACAUCGUCCUUAAGCCCCGUCAGGGCAAGCUCGGUCUGGGUACAGCUUACGUCCAUGGCUUGAAAUAUGCCACCGGCAAUUUUGUUAUCAUCAUGGACGCCGACUUCAGCCACCACCCCAAAUAUGCGAACCGAGGAGAUAUCAAGGGUGGUGUCUACGGCUGGGAUUUGUUCCGCAAGUUCACUUCGCGCACUGCCAACCUCAUCGCGGACGUCAUGUUGAUGCCCGGUGUGAGUGACCUGACUGGUAGCUUCCGGCUGUACAAGAAGUCAGUUCUGGAGAAGGUUAUCCUCAAGACUGAGAGCAAGGGCUACAGCUUCCAGAUGGAGAUGAUGGUCCGUGCUAAGGCAAUGGGCUACAAGGUGUCCGAGUGUCCGAUUACCUUCGUCGACCGUCUGUAUGGCGAGAGCAAGCUGGGUGGAUCCGAGAUUGUUGAGUAUCUCAAGGGCGUGUUGAGCUUGUGGGUUAAGGUCUAA